AUGGCGGCCAUUCAUUUGGCAUUGCGCAUGAUGGGGUUUGUAGCUGCUGUUUCCAGCGAGCACGCAGACAUGCAGCUCAUGCAGAUGCAACUGGCUGGUGUCUUGCACGGCAGCGGAACCUGGAAGCAGCCGCAGGGUUGCCACACCUCGGUGGAGGGUGAUCGGUGCUACGUCGCGGUGACGUGGGCGAUGCGGACGGGCGUUUUCCAGCACCCAGAGUAUUAUCUUCCUUUGACGAGGAAUUCCAGCUUCGAGGACUUCCAGCAACACCUGCACGGCACGGCCAGGCUCGCCGACGUGUGCCCCAGGCCAUGUGCAGCUGCAGCGCCGAAGUCAGAGGAGCGGGUUCGGCAUGGCUCUGAAACCCAGGCGCAGAGCUCACAGUAUGAUGGAACUCCGGUGCCUACUGCGCAGCAGGGCGGAACUCCAAUGCCAACAGUAAUCCAACGGGAUGACCUGCUGGUUUCAACCUACCCAGGAUACGAGCAGAGCGGCCAAAAUUGCCAGUGCGGAGCAGAGAUCAGCGCACUUUCGGACGACUUCGACUCUCUCGAGUUAUGUGCCUCGGAGUGUUCCUUGCGCCCAAAUUGCAGAUCCAUUGGUCUUCAUCCCUUCGAGUCAGUCUGGAAAGGUGGUUGUUAUCUUUACGAUACAGAGUGUGGGUCAACGAAUGGGCAUGACUCCAACACCACCUGUGCCAAUCCAAACCCGGUGGGAGCCUUCAGUGUUAACUUCAACAGGAUACCGACCCCUGCGCCCACGCCUGCACCUACGGCUGCAGUUGAGUCUUGCGACGUCACCGAUGGAUCGUCUCCGAGCUCUUUCUACCCGUGUCAGUGCGGGCCUGAAAUGUGCCUUACAAACGAGGUCUGCUCAGGUGACAGGCGAGGCCUUUCGUGCGCUCCUCCGGGCAUUUUGAAGGUAGAGUGGCCGUGCCAGACGCCUUCUAUCGGCAGCCCCUACUUCGUGUUUUCUGGGAGCAGCGCAACCGGAGCGCCAGUGUACGGCAACACCGAUGGCAAUUACAUUUAUUGGGACUCUUCGUGUGAUGGCAUUGAGCGACCUUUGCUAUAUCAGCAGCCGCGGUGGAUUCUGGACUCUGAAGAACCAAACAUGACAGCAUCUAUGGAUUUAGACUCUGAUGCGGGCUGCGCUUAUUUUGGGCAUCAUGGUAGUUCAGAUUCUACUGGUGUCCCACUGGGGAACACAACUUGGUUCUUGGUAUGCGACGGCCAAGGCCUCAACAUGACGGUGACGAUCUCUUACGAGGCGUAUCUCCCGACACCGUCGCCGACGAUGGAGCCCGGUACGCCGUGCAUUUGUGACAACUUGUGCGGCGUAUUUCCUUACCUCGAUUUGGAUGGCGAUGGGUGUCUUGUGGAGGCGGAGUGCAACAAGGACGAGGAUCUCGACGGGCACUUUACCGAUAUGGAUGCGGACGGGGAUGGAUGCGUGACCCAGGCAGAGUGUGGCAACUCUCCAUACUCGCACGACCUGCCUAGGUUCCCGAUCGUGGGUCCAGCUGAAUGUGGCUACGGUUAUCCAGAUGAGGGCACCAGCGUCUGCCAGCAGUGCACCACGGGCGCCACGCGGCGGCGCCGCUCGGAGGCCUGCGUCGACUGCCCCGCGGGCAAAGAAGACCUGGGCGACUUCGACAACUGCAUCUCGGGUGUGUGGCUCACCGCGCCCAUUCAGGCUGGGGACGACGUAGUCUUCAUCAACAAGGACCUCGACGAAAGCGGCGUCCAGCUGCAGAAGGGCGACGGGAUCACCAUGUCCACACGCAACCCUGGCCACUUCGAGAGAUUGGUCAUCUCCGACAAAGUCGGCUUCGAUGACAGCGAGCGGCUGUCGUCAUACCACGAGUCUCUGCUCCGCAGAAGUGGGCCCUUCUUUGUGCUUGACCACGGAGUGAACGCAGGGUUCAACAAGUUCGACGCGAUCAUCUCGUCCUGCUCAAGCACCGACGGUAUGGGAAUCAGCUCGCAGUACCCUUGCGGAUGCGGCAUUGAAAUCUGCGACUUCGGGUACAGGUGUGACGAGCAGUGCGCUGGGAGCAACACGGUUCUGGAUCCUUACGUGGGCAGCAGCUACGGGGACGGCGGGUGCUGCAUCGGACCCCCUGCCUCUCCUCUGCCGACCCCGGCCCCGACGGUGUCGGCCAAGGGUGACCCUCACCUGGUCAACCUUCAAGGCGAACACUUCGACAUCAACCACGGCGGCGAGUUCACUCUGCUGCGCAUCCCGCAGGCCGCUGACAUGACCGCCGAGGUGGAGCUCCAGGCCACCAUCCGCCCCGAGCACAAGAAGCCGUGCACCACGUACAUCACCGCGGUUGAGCUCUCGGGUGCCUGGCUCGGCGGUAACGUUGUGCAGGCGCGUUCGGGAUGA